AGGGAGGCAGAGCCGGAGCCGGAGCCGGAGCCGGAGAACACUGCGGAGGGAGAGCAGCCAUGGGGAACGCGCAGGAGAAACCGCCCGGCGGCGGCGGAGGAGGAGGAGCGGCCAGGAGCGGCGCGGGGAAGCCGGAGACCCCCGGAGCUCCGGAGAGAGGCGCCGUGAACGGCUCUCCGGGAGAAAACGGCCAAGAACACACGGGAGGGGAGCGGCGCAGCCCCGCAGUGGACACCGGUUACCUGGACGCCCCCGCCGGGGCCCUGCCUCCUCACCUGGGCCGCCUGAAGAACCAGGGGAACCACCUCUUCAGGCACGGACAGUUCGGAGACGCCCUGGAGAAGUACAGCCAGGCCAUAGAGGGCUGCGCUGAGGCAGGCGUUGACAGUCCAGAAGACCUGUGUAUUCUGUACUCCAACAGAGCGGCCUGCUACCUGAAGGACGGAAACAGCACCGACUGCAUCCAGGACUGCAGCAAAGCCCUGGAGCUGCAGCCCUUCUCCCUGAAGCCGCUGCUGCGCAGAGCGAUGGCCUAUGAGUCACUGGAGCGCUACAGGAAGGCCUACGUGGAUUAUAAGACCGUCCUGCAGAUCGACACCGGGGUGCAGGCCGCUCACGACAGCAUCCACAGGAUCACCAGGAUGCUGAUCGAGCAGGACGGGCCUGCGUGGAGAGAGAAGCUUCCGGAGAUCCCCGUCGUCCCGCUGUCCGUCCAGCAGCAGCACAGAGAGAAGCCCGUCAGCGUGGAGCAGGCGCAGGCUCGAGCCGCCCGGGCCGCGCAGGAGGAGGCCAGAAGAAAAGAAGCUCGCUUUACGUUGCUAAAGCAGGAGGGGAACGGUUUAGUGAAGAAAGGCCAGUUCCAGGAGGCCCUGAAGAAGUACAGUGAAUGUCUCAUCUUAAAGCCUGAUGAAUGCGCCGUCUACACAAACAGAGCCAUUUGUCUUCUGAAACUGAACCGCUUUGAAGAGGCCAAGCAGGACUGUGACUGUGCUCUGCAGCUGGAGCCCGACAACAAGAAGGCCUUCUACAGACGAGCCCUGGCUUUUAAAGGUUUACAGGACUACCUGUCAGCCAGCAGCGACCUGCAGGAAGUCCUCCAGCUGGACCCGAAAGUCCGAGAGGCCGAGCAGGAGCUGGAGGUGGUGACGGGCCUGCUGAGGCAGAGUCUGCUGGACGGCAGUGCACAUUCAGCGACGGUGUGACGUCUCGAAGGCACACGUGGAGAAAACGUGGACACAGAUUGUACUCCUACUGAUUUUUUUAUUUAAAGCCAUCAGCUGCUGUAAGCAAGAGGAAAACCUGAAAACAGCAGCGGCGGCGGCGCCCGAGCGAACAAGCGCGCCUCAGACGAUCAGCUUCUCGGCUCUGCACCUCGACUCCCGAGUACGCGAGCUUUACAUAACGGGGAGCUUCACUCCAAAAGUUCAGCGUGGAGGUACUCAUGACCUGCUUGCACUAGGAACCCUUCACAUCAUUAUGUAACGUACUGUAAAUACUGCUUCAUGGGAGAAGCUGCUGGG